AUGGCCAAGCUUCCCUCCAUGCUAACCAUAGCCUUUAUCUUACUUUUAUUCAUGGCCAUAAUCAACCACUCAUCUUCAGCUAGAACUCUUGGCAAUCGAACCCCAACCCAUCAUAACCAUUAUCACAAAAUCACAUUUCUAAUGAGAGACGUGCUCAAUGUGACUCACCACCCCUUAUCAAAACCCUCAACCACUAAAGUCACUGGUCAGCUGCCUUUCCAAAAACCACUAGGAUUUUUCCCUCCUAUUGGAGGAAUCCCCUUAGACAAUCCAACAAUUCAAGGCACAGGAUCGUCCACUCAAACACUUGGCUUAUCAAGCAUUGGUCUAUCUUUCCCAGCUAGAGCUACUCUUCAAGAAUUGGAGUUUGGGACAGUAAAAGCAAUAGAUGAAGAAAUAUUUAAAGGGCCAAGAAACAUGUCACCUAUACUUGGAAAAGCACAAGGGAUAUAUGUUGCUAGUUCAGAAGAUGGGAGUAGCCACAUGAUGGCCAUGACAGCAUAUCUUGCUAGUAGUGACUUCAAAGAUGGGUUGAGAUUUUUUGGGGUGCACCAAACUGAUGUUCCUGAGUCUCAUAUUGCAAUUAUUGGUGGCACUGGGAAGUAUCGGGGUGCUAAUGGUUAUGCAACAGUUAAGGCUGUGGAUGUAAGGUCUCAUGUUGAUGGGGAAGGAAAAGGAACCAAUAAGGUCAUUUUGUUCAAUGUAUAUCUAAGUUAG